UGGUCCAUCCCUCUCUUCUCUCUGGCUUUCUCACUGAUUCCAUUGAGCCGCACCACACACCUCUGUUUCAGACUUUCAGCCGCACGACCGCAGCCUCCUUCGCCGCCGACUCGCCGCCGUCACGCCGCCAGCCAUCACGCCUCACGCGUUGGUUUCGCAGGUUUUCAAUUUGUCAAGGUAUAAAGGUUGAUGUCUUGAGUCUUGACACCAAUUAUUCUGUCCUUGUUUAUGGAGGUGACUUCAAGGUCUGGUGUUGGCACAAAACUAUAUCACUUCCUAAAGAAAGUGGUUAUGAAGUAACUGCCAUAAAGUUAACUGGUUCUGGAGUCCAUUUAGUUGAUAUAAAUAAUAUUACAAGUCUGGCACAUCGCUGAAGCCACUUGAAAAACUUCUAAAGGUGAGGAAAAAAGGAGAGGAAACAGGAAGUUGGUGGUAGCAGAAUGGUAAUCUCCAGUACCAAUCCCCACAAUAAGGAGAUAGCCAUCAGGAGGAGGAUUGCUAGCAUAUUUAAUAAACGUGAAGAUGAUUUCCCAUCUUUGAGAGAAUACAAUGAUUACUUGGAGGAAGUAGAGGACAUGACGUUUAACUUGAUUGAAGGAGUUGAUGUCGCUGCUAUUGAAGCAAAGAUUGCUAAAUACCAGGAAGAAAAUUCAGAACAAAUAAUGGUUAAUCGUGCUCGUAAGGCUGAAGAAUUAGCUGCAGCUUUGGCAGCAAGUAAGGGACAAGCUGCCCAAACUGCUAAUGAUGUGGGUGCAAGCCAAGACUUUGGUGCUGUUCCUCAGGGACAAUAUGCACCUACAUUUGCAGGACAGCCUAGACCAACCGGCAUGGCUCCACAGCCUUUACCACUCGGAGGGAGUGACAUGCCGGGCUAUGCAGGUGAUGACGAUGAAACGAUGAGGCUACGAGCGGAGAGAGGAGCAAGGGCUGGAGGAUGGAGUCUAGAAAUAAGCAGGAAGAGGGCACUUGAAGAAGCUUUUGGAAGCAUGUGGGUUUGUUGAAGGCAUAUUGCCUAUUUAAGAUAUUAAGAUAAUUUCAAAACUCUGUAGGUCAUGGAAUUCCAUUGUAUCACACCAGCUAUUGACAUGGUUAUUCUGAUGUAAAUGGUGUAUAAUGUAAGAUUUGUUACAUUUUUGUUUGGUCAUCCAUAUUAAAUUUCAUAA